GCCAGACACGUCGGUCUUAUCUCUCAAAAAGCAGAAACAGAAACAAAAACGUAAACAAAAACUUUCGGUCGGUCGGCGUGCGCCAUAUGAGGUGAGGUGGGCAAGCUCACGGUCAGGCUGAGGAAGAUAUGCCACUCCUCCUGCUCCAUCCCACUGUUUCAUUCUCUCUCCUUUCCUCAUCAUCCUUACCACCACCCUCCGACUUCACCCUUUCGCAUUUCACCGUUACACUCAAGGAACCACCUCUCGUCGCCGCCGCCGCCGCCUCCAAAUCCUCAAUUUCCCGACCCCUCACCCCCGCUCUCUUCUGUCCAGCUUCUUCCACUCGCAGAAGACGAUCAUUUCUCCAAUUUUGCUCCAAAAAUGAGGUUUCCUACGCACACGUCCACACUCCCCAAGGAGAAGAAGAGAUCGAAGAGCUUGGAGGAUUGAUAGGCAGACCCACGCCCUGUCCCAAGCAAACUGGCAGUGGAUUUUCUGUAAAUGAAGACGAUGAACCUCCAAAGCCUCCAAAACGUGACAAAGAUGAAGCCUUGAAGCCAUUCUUGAAGUUCUUCAGGCCCAGAGACCCAUUAGAGCAGCAAUGGGAUGAUGAUUAUUAUUAUUAUAGUAAGUCAUCGGUAAAGAAGGAGGAGGAGGAGAUAAAAAAGGUUGUUGUAAAGUAUUAUGAUCCAAAACCAGGUGAGUUCGUAAUAGGUGUUAUAGUUUCUGGGAAUGAGAACAAGCUGGAUGUGAACAUAGGCGCAGACCUGCUGGGUACAAUGUUGACUAAAGAAGUGCUUCCUUUGUAUGAGAAAGAGAUGGAUUACUUGCUGUUUGAUACAGAGACGGACGCUGAGGAGUUUAUGGUGAAUGGGAAGGUGGGUAUUGUCAAGGAUAAGGAUGCCAUCAGCAGCGGAGGAGGAUUGGGUCCUGGACGGCCUGUUCUUGAGCCUGGGACAGUCUUGUUUGCUCAGGUCCUUGGAAGAACUCUUAGUGGCCGUCCACUUCUCUCCACCAGACGGCUCUUCCGCCGGAUGGCUUGGCACCGAGUCAGGCAGAUAAAACAACUUAAUGAACCUAUUGAGGUCAGAAUUACAGAGUGGAACACUGGUGGCCUUCUCACUAGAAUAGAGGGUCUGCGAGCAUUUCUUCCUAAGAACGAGCUAGUGGCUAGAGUUAACAACUUCACUGAUCUGAAGGAAAAUGUUGGGCGUCGAAUGCAUGUACUUGUUACAAGAAUAGACGACGCCAGUAAUAACUUGAUUCUCAGUGAGAAAGAUGCUUGGGAAAAGCUAAAUCUUCGAGAGGGAUCAGUUCUCAAAGGUACGGUUAGGAAGAUCUAUCCAUAUGGUGCUCAAAUAAGGAUAGACGAAACCAACAGAAGUGGAUUGCUGCAUAUCUCAAACAUUAGUAGAGACAGAGUGACCUCUGUAAGUGACCUGCUUGCUGUAGAUGAAAAGGUUAAGGUUAUGGUUGCCAAGUCAAUGUUUCCAGACAAAAUAGCGCUGAGUAUUGCUGACCUGGAAAGCGAGCCUGGCCUAUUCUUGUCAAAUAAAGAGAAAGUAUAUAGUGAAGCUGAAGAAAUGGCAAAGAAGUACAGGCAGAAACUGUCAGCCUAUUCUGUGGAUCAGGAGGUGUUGUUAACGGAGGAGGCACUGCCUUUCCAUGACGAAGAAAACUUCUAUUCAAACUGGAAAUGGUUCAAAUUUGAAAAGGGUGAUGAUAUUAAGCAAUAAUGAAAUGAACUAUCAAAUUUGAACCUUGGUGGUGGUAUGCUGCUGAUGAUGAUAUCAAUGAUUGUUUUUGAGACCACUAAAUAAACCAUGCUCAAAAAAGCAUCAGAGAACAACAGUCGGUCAUUAUUGGCAAAUACAAACUGUCUCAAGUCACGUGUAUUCUAUCUAGUAUAAUGUUCGUUCCUACCACAUUGUGCUUGUUUUAUUUUCUUUUAUGAUUAUAUUUUUAUUU